AUGUCUGCUGGGACAGAAUUAUUAUCCACAGCGGAACCACAUCUUAUUCCAGGGUAAAUAGCACAAUGUUUACCCAUCAAACAUAAAGAGAUAUAAAUACAUUAUCUGCGAAAGCGUAAUAUAUUACACGUUUUCUAAGAAGUGUUGCACAAGGAAAUAUUUAAAUCUAUUACCUCUUAUACUUUCAUACAUCCUGCUAGGUUUCUCCCGUUAUAUUUUCAUAAAAGUUCGUUUCAGAUAUGCCGGAUACUGUCCUCAAUAUCGCUACAGAUGUGGCGAAACGUAUGCAAGCCUGACGCACAAAUUACUUCUUGAUCCCACAGUAAAUCAUGCGGAAACUCUCAUUUUGUCGAACCGUAUCACCGACGAUUACGAAGAUUUACUCCAAAGCUAAUGGCCAGGAAUGGGCAGAGAUACACGGUGCUUGCUACAGAGGGGCUUGCCGAAUUUGAACGACAGCAAUUGCAGAAUAAAGCAGCUCUUAAUGAAGUUAAAAAAAUUAUAGCCACGCAAAGUGGACAGGGCGAGCCAAGAAACUUGGAAGACCGUUUGCUCAUAAAAAGUGAGUACAAACUACCUAUGCUAACAGUUCGACCUGAUUGCGUGGGUGUAAUGAGGAAUUUAUUUUUGGACGAGCAACACGAAACACCCAGAGAUCACUCCCCAUCCCCUUACUUCAUGGACAAUGCAAACCCACGAAAACACUUUAUGAGUGGGUAUACGGGUUACAUACCGUACGGAUAUGCGCAUUUUGGAAAAACAAACGUUGCCGCUACAAAUAGUGCCCUUUGUGAUUUUACAUCUGAGUAUCGAAAGCGACAAAGUACAGAAUGGGCACCAGUAACAAUAUCACGACCUGAUCCGCCACUCAUAAUUCAACCCACUACUAUUUAUCACAAACAUGUUGGCAUGCUUCCAAAUUAUCUCGGGCAUAUCCCUGGAGAAACGUUCAGAUUUGGCAAAACUUUCGGAGCUGACACCAAAGAUGCGAAAAGAUGGCUCCGUGGCGAUUUCUCUGCAUAAAACACGAUGUACGAUAAUCUCAUGAAUAAUAA